AUGGAACCAGACCCAAGAGAGGGGAGAGGUUCGAAAGAGUUGGAAGAAGAAGAUGGUAAUAUAGUAGAGAAGAAGAAGGAAAAUAUCAUACUGGAGACAGACAUAUCUCUUUCCCUUGCAAUUGACAAUGAAUACGGCCUCAAUGAAGUACCUAAAAAUACCGAGACCAAGGCACCUUCGAAGGGACGGAAAAUACUUCCUCCGAUGCGCGCUAAUGUCGACAAAAAGCAGACUGGAGCCAACUGGAGAUCAACACUAGGCCCUUACGGAUUUUUGCUCAAACUCGGGCCUGAUGGACAAAGAGGUUUUCGCAGGUACAAUGGAUUGGAGAAAGUGCUGCCCGAGAGGUCAAAACUAGUCGGGAUUGGAACCGGCCAGACUCUAGGCUCAGCAGUUAUACUGAUAUGGAUAGACUUUAGGGACUUCUUGGCAAAGAUUUUACUGAUACUAGAUGCUAUAAUGGAUUACAGAAUCGGAAUCUCAAUACAAGAUCAAGAAGGGGCUCUCGGAAAUUUAACAUUCAAACAUUUCUGUGGUUACUCGGCGUCCAAAGUGAUAAAGGUGAAAUCAAGUGAAGAAGUGAUAAUCCCUGCCAGAACGGUGAAUGCAAUCUCGGUGAAGGAUAGUCUUGCUGAAGGCAUCGACUACAGAUUUGGAGCAGUGAUAACUCACGCACAGAUUGAUAAGAAUAUGCUGAUCGGGGAAGCUCACUCAGUGAGUUUUGAAGCCCAGGUGUCAGACACGAGAGAGAUGAUAGAUUGGGAAGAUCUGAUAAGCGAAAAACCAAAUGGAGCAUCGGUCAACAGAGAAAUGGGGACGAGCCCUCAAAGCGUCAUCAAAGAUAACGAAAGGUUUGACUUGAACAACGGAGUGCAGAAAAGAGAGGCCGAGGAGGUGAAAGCAUUCACUUCAGGGAUAGAGAGUUUGCGUCCUCCGAGAUCAAUCUCAGAAGAGAAGGUGAAGGUGAUGAUGGAGGGCUCGAAGAAGAGAAUGUCAGGAGAAAGGUUCCCAUCAGAGGACGACCACGAGCAAGCUCCAGAAGCCCCAUCUCGGUCACCAGACUCUGAGCUAUCAAUCUGCGAGGAGAUAAUGGACGAGAAGAGCUCACAACCCCUCAAUCUACUGUCCGAGUUCAAUGAUUCUUUUACUAAAGGAUCAACAAUUGGAAAAUAG